AGAGCUCGGACUGGGUGGAGAUCCUGGAGCCGCGCUCACGGGAGCGCAUGUAUGUCAACCUGGCGACAGGCGAGUGCGGCUGGGACCCCCCGCCCAACCUCAAGGUGCGCCAGUCAGACCAGCAGCAGUGGUGGGAGCUCUUCGACCAGAACAACAACCGUUUCUACUACUACAAUGCCCUCACGCGGCAGACGGUGUGGCACCGGCCGCAGGGCUGCGACAUCGUGCCCCUGGCUCAGCUCCAGGCCAUGAAACGCGGCUCCCAGCCUGGCGGCCAGGGCCAGCAGCCCCGGGGCAGCAGCAGCAGUGACGGCAGGAGCAGUGACGGCAGGAGCAGCCCCAUCCACGCGGCCCCGCCGCAGGAGGCGGAUAAGGGCCAAGGGGGCUGCACGGAGGAGAAAAUGCCGGACACGGGCAGGGAGACACCUACCCACUGGCAGCCUCUGCCUGGCACAAAAGCAGCCAUGUUGGUCAAGGUGAACAGUUUAAGGCAGGUGCAGAGUUCUUCAAGCUGCUCGCUUCAGCUGCAGAGCGCUCCAGAAGCCAACAGCCAAAAAUCUCUUCCCAAACCAGCCAUAUAUGGUCAGCCUCAGUCGCCGAGCCCUGGUGCCACAAAGCAAGCGCCUGUAGGAGAAGCAAAACAAUCGAUGCAGAUCAAAAAGACAGAGAAUGGUGGGUUCUGCGUAGUGCUGAUGAAUGGUCCAGCUUCUCAGACACCUCCAAGGAGCCAGACAGGAACUCCCCAGCCUGCAUCCCCCAAAUAUGCUUGUCCUGCACCUAUAUAUGAUGAGCCAUCUUUAGAGUCUCCAAUUUAUGACGAGCCUCCAGUGGAUAUGGACACUGAAAGUGCCAACAUGACCAGGAUGUCUCCACCAGUGUCACCAAGCAACAGCUUAAAAAAGCAGCUCCAGCCAGCCAAAUUAUUACAGCAUCCAAGUAUGCAACAGCAGCAAGCUGCAAAGAAACAUGCAAGAAAUCCUUCUUCCACUGAAUAUAGCCCAGCUGGCAGAGAGUACAUAAAACACAUGAUCAAUGUUGACCAAUCUUCGAAGUUUCCUCAAUCUGCUGCCACAACUGCCGAGGCUUCCGUCAAACUGCCUGGUCAGCUCACUUCAAAGGACAGCUUCAAGCAGUCUUGGAGGAUCUUGGAAGCCAAUGUCCUCAAGAACAUGGAGGCCCACCAUAGCAGGCAGAACAGUCUGCAAGCUCAAGAGUACCCAGCUGCUAUAAGCCAUCAGGAUUCUGGUUAUUCGACUGGCCCUUCUCCAAGCUUGAGAAAAAGGAAAGGAAGGAGGCAAGGGACAGGUCAAGGAAGACCUGGUUCUGUGGGCAGCAGCAGUGAGCUCACAGCUUUGAAUGACAAGCUGAUCGCUGAGAUGCGUGCCGUGGUGGGCAGGUCAGCAGCUUGCAGAGGAAGCAAAGCCAGCCUUGAUACUGAGACUCUGGAGAGCGGCAUCCCAACAGAGAGCAGCAAAGUCCGAUUUCAGUCUGACCACUUGAAAAAAUGCAUCAGCCGGAGCUCAAGGGACGAUGUCUCCGCUAGCAACAGGUCUCUGUAUAGACAGGGCCUGGAGAGCAGGGGUAGCUUUCCCAGUGACAUGGCUACUCCGCAGGACACAAUGAGGCAGAAGAGGACUUUUGAGAAAAUCGAUUCUUUAGAAAAGAACGUGACCAGCCAGAUGAGUUUGGCUUCAUCGGAUGCUACACGUCACUCCUCUCAGCCCGGGACGAUAGAACUGGACGCCAAGCCGGAGCGCAGCGGGCAGCCGGCGGGGUAUCACUUCCCGUACAACACCCUGCGGAAGCCCAUCUCGCAGAGCAGCAUGGCAGACUGGGCUUCCAAGAACCUCAACAUGCACACGCAGGGCAUCUUCCGCCGGAGGAUCUCCAUUGCCAACAUGCUCUCCUGGAACGGCGGCACCAUCAAAAAGCCGAUGCUCAUCACUAGCAACCGCACCGUCAAAAAAGAAGCUUGUGAGAUGUUCAAACUAGUGCAGAGCUACAUGGGAGAUCGUCAGAGUCGCAUGGAUAGGAAUCGUGUGGCACUGGUCACCGUCACCAAGUGCUGGAGCACACAGGGUUUGCGGGACGAGCUCUACAUACAGCUGAUCCGGCAGACAACAGAUAACACGUGCUACCAAAGCCUGGCCUGGGGCUGGGAACUGAUGGCCAUUAGUCUGGCCUUCUUCUCCCCGUCACCCAAAUUCCAGUCUUACCUGGAAGGCUACAUCUAUCGUCACCUUGACAGCGAUGAAAACAUUGCACAGCGCAUCAAGGAGCUUAUGGACCUGAAAAACAAGAAGAACUCCAAGUCCAGGAAAAAGAGGAAACAAAAUACUGAAGAUGAAGGGCUGCCCAUCAGCACCUACGCCAAGUACUGCUACCGGAAGCUCCAGAAAGUAGCCAUCACCGGGGGCAAGAAGGGCCUCCGCAAACCAACAAUGGAGGAGAUAACGCAUGCCAGAAAUGCCAUCGUGACGCCGUCGCUCUUCGGCAGCUCUCUGGAGGAAAUCAUGUUGCGGCAGCAGGACACGCACCCUGGGAACAGGUUGCCCUGGGUGCAAACGCAGCUGUCGCAGCAGGUCCUGGCACUGGGCGGAGAACAGACGGAAGGCAUUUUCAGGGUGCCUGGUGACAUAGACGAGGUCAACGCGCUGAAGCUGCAGGUGGAUCAGUGGAGAAUCCCGAGCGGCCUCAGCGACCCCAACGUUCCAGCCUCUCUUCUCAAGCUGUGGUACCGGGAGCUGGAGGAGCCCGUGAUCCCCCAGCAGUUCUACCAGGAGUGCAUCAGCAACUACGAGAACCCCGACGCCGCAGUGGCUGUGGUGCAGCUCCUGCCGGAGCUCAACAGGCUGGUGCUGUGUUACCUCAUCCACUUCCUGCAGAUCUUUGCCCAGCCAUCAAAUGUGGGCACAACAAAGAUGGAUGUCAACAACCUGGCUAUGGUGAUGGCCCCCAACUGCCUGCGUUGUCAAUCUGAUGACCCUCGGAUUAUCUUUGAGAACACACGCAAAGAAAUGUCCUUCCUUCGCAUGCUGAUAGUGCACUUAGACACGAGCUUCAUCAAAGGGCUGGUCUGAGGUGCUGGCCCUGGGGAGUAGGAAGCUGCUCUGGGGAGUUGCUGGAUGUCUGAUGCCUUCUCCUCUCCACUUAGAUUUCUUCCAUUGUCCUUGCUAUUGUCACACUCUGGGUUAGCCCGGAACAUCCCCCAAAAUAUGACUUUGAGGAUGGGGACUAGAUGAUCCUGGGAAGCUUGGG